AAAGAAUGAUAAACAUUUUAUCAUCACUGGUCUGUUAGUCUGUUAUCGUUCCCACAAUCUUCUCGGCGCCAUCGCCAAAGGCCAUGGCUUUCUCCUCAAUUGCUUCAACCCUACCUCUCUCUAACUUCGCCAAAAAUUCCCAGAUCUCUCAAACACUCCACUUUUCCUCUCCUCUUUCCACCCGCGAUUCCCUCUUCAAUUCCACCGUAUUAUUCCGAGCUACAACUUCCAAGUUCAAGUGGAGCCAAGUUCAUUGCAGCAAGAGGGAUACGACUCGGCCUGGAUUGGAUCCUAAGAUUGGAGUCUCUAUUUACAAACCCAAAUCCUACGAAGUUCUUCUCACCGAUGCCGCCAAUGCUCUUUCCUACGCUCUCGAAGAUGGCAAAAUUCGGCUCGAGAUAGAGUUCCCGCCCUUGCCGACCAGCAUUUCUUCUUAUAAGGGAUCUUCAGAUGAAUUUAGUGAGGCAAAUAUUCAGCUUGUCAUAUCUGUUGUUAAGAAGCUUCAAGAAAGAAGGGAAACAAAUGUUUGCAUUGUGUUCCCCGACAAUCCCGAAAAGCGCAGGGCCUGCCAGCUCUUCCAAACUGCACUUGACUCGAUUGAUGGCAUUUCAAUUGGGUCCUUGGAUGAUUUACCCGGUGAUCCUGUCAGUAAUUUUUUCAAAUCUAUAAGGAACACAUUGGACUUUGAUUUUGAUGAUGAUAAUGAAGACCGUUGGAAAUCUAAUGAGCCACCAUCACUCUACGUAUUCAUCAAUUGCAGCACUCGGGAACUUUCAUCUGUAGAAGAGUAUGUGAAAAAUUUUGCACCAUCCACCCCUUCACUUCUUUUCAAUCUGGAACUUGACACGUUGCGUUCCGAUUUGGGCAUACUGGGAUUUCCGCCAAAGGAUUUACAUUUUCAAUUCCUUUCUCAAUUUAUGCCAGUGUUCUACAUCCGACCAAGAGAAUACUCCAAGACAAUUGGAGUGGCGCCUUAUGUUGUCAACUAUAGUGGAGCCUUAUUCCGCCAAUAUCCGGGGCCUUGGCAGGUGAUGCUGAAACAAGCGGAUGCUUCUUAUGCGUGUGUGGCAGAGAGCGCAACUCGUUUCACACUGGGUGAAACAAAGGAAGAGUUACUGAGAGUACUUGGACUGCAAGAGGAAGAAGGAAGUUCACUGGAGUUUCUCCGAAGAGGAUACAAGACUUCCACUUGGUGGGAAGACGGUGUUGAUUUGGAGCUAUCCUCGGCUUGGCGUAGUUAAAUUAAGCAGUAGAAGAGGAGAUCAAAAUGUUGAGAUAUAUACAUACACUAGCUGGCUAUUCUUUAACGGAUCAAGAUAUGCAGAUUUAGAGUAAACAUGGCGUUCUUCUUAUCUAUCAUGAUAUUUUAUAAUGUAUGUAUGUAUAUGUACACUAUUUAUUGUUCGAGUAAUCAUCCAUUGUCUUAUUUUGUAAAUACUCUUUAUACAGUUGGAUUCUGCUUAAUGAUGGAAUCAUUCUAUCCA